GGAAGGGACUGGAGGCGACAUGUCCAUCAGUGUGCUGCUGAGCUCCGGCUGCCUGGUCAGGACGGGGCACACGCUGCUCACCUGGGGGGUGAUACUAGUGCUGUUUUUGCACGACACUGAUCUUUAUCAUCAGGAGACCCAGUGGAUAUACGUGAAGCCUCUCCUCUUCGUGGUAGCGGUCCUGUGUUCUGUGGGGCUGUAUUUUGCCGUGUCGCUCAUGGACCCGGGCUAUGUGCUCUCUGACCGCGAGGAGAAGACUUUUUCAGCUCCUGCUGAGCAGGAGACGAGUCCACUAACUUCCAGCACAGUCCGAUCUAGGCGAUGUGGAUACUGCUUGCUAAAACAGCCAAUGAGGGCCAGACAUUGUAAAUCGUGUAAUCAUUGUGUGAGACGGUUUGACCACCAUUGUCCCUGGAUUGAAAACUGUGUUGGAGAGAAGAACCACCGAGUCUUUAUGUUGUAUCUGACUGUCCAACUUGUGGUUCUCCUAUGGGCCUUCCGCUUAGCUUGGUCCGGUUUCCACUUUGAAGCCACUUGGAUUGACUGGCUGCGGCUUAAUGUCUUCUUGCUCCUGGCUUUUAUCCUGGUCGGCAUUUUCACAGCAGUGGUGGGCCUGUUACUUGCGUGUCACCUCUACCUGAUAUCCUGCAAUUUCACUACAUGGGAGUUCAUGUCCUACUAUCGCAUCUCCUACUUGAAGCAGCGGGACUCGGACUCCAACCCUUUUGACAGGGGAACCGUGAGGAAUUUGUGGAACUUCUUUUGCACUGGUGGUCAUGUGAUCUGGGAGCGGGUGUAUUUGAGGAACACCUAUGACGCAGUAUGAAACACCUGCU